UCAGUCAGUUUGAGAAGGAACGCCGCCGCGAGCAGAUGUGCGCGCAAAAAGUUGGAAACCUUUGUCGACGUCCUUUUUCGUACAGGUCCAAUAUCUAAGGAUUAUAAAUACAGGAACAGAACUGCCAGAUUGCGCUCAAUUGGGGAGUGUUUUUUUUCUGAAGAAGGGUUUUGCAAAAUAAAAACAGCUCCAUUGUGAUCCAGCAUAUUCGAGCAUACGUUUUUAUGCGUAAUUGAAAACUAGGGAACGGGAAGAGCGUGGCGCCUAGGUCUGGCCAUCAUUAGAAACGCGAAAUUGUCGUCGCGCGGAAGGAAAAAGAAUUGCGCAUAUCGUCCGGCCCGCCAGAAUCGAAUCGGCGUAACAUCAAAGACGUAGCGAAAUUGCGUGCAAUGUUGAUUGUUGAUUUUUGUGACGAAAAUUGCGUCAAGUGGUUGGGGAAAAUUGUGUGUAAUUUCUCACAACCGUAAAGUUUCAAUAAACCCUCUAGCUCAAGAUUAAAAGCACGGGACGCGUGAACAAUAAUAAUGUGGAGAGAUUGGAGCAAUUUGUAGAGCGUGUCACUUGCAUCGGGAGAUUCCUUGGCCUGUUGCUUGCUACUACUGCUCCUAGGCGAAGAAAAAAUGGUGCCAAUUCAGACGUUGCCAGUCUAGAACGAACUCAACACCCGGAAGAUUCAGUGAGGAGAACAUUGUUUACUCAUAAACGGGUGAAAUUUGAUCUCAAAAUCUCUCCCAUUCGCCGAGACGCCCACCAAAAGCCCGCCAACCAAAUAAGGAUUAAGCUAUUCGCAAUUUGAAUAGCACACUACAAGCCGUGAAUGAUAAUCUGUUAGCACCUGUGGCAGCUUAGUUCGAUAAGAUUAGCUUUACACCUACACCUACCACCUAAACUUUACUUAACCCAAGGUGCUCAGCCUAGCCAAAAUGCAUUUCAAAGACGUUUGCAACAAACGGUGCAGCCUCGCUUCCGGCGGGGUUAUCCUUAUCGCCCUGGGGAUUUUCUUCACCUUCUGCUUCCAGGGUGUUUUUCGGGAUAUCCUUUAUGAGGAAAUGAAACUCCGUCCAACGUCCCGGGGGUACGACGCCUGGGUGACGCCGCCGUUCCCGCUCUCAAUGGAUGUGUACUUCUUCAACUGGACCAAUCCGGAAGAUCUGACGAAUCACAGUACCAAACCGAUCCUGGAGGAGUUGGGCCCCUACCGAUUCACGGAACGGCCCGAAAAGGUGGACAUCGUGUGGCACGAUCACAACGCCACAGUUAGUUACCGGAAGAAGAGUUUGUACCAUUUCGACGAGGAGGGGAGCAACGGAACCCUGGACGAUAUGAUAAGCAGUAUUAACGUGGUUGCGCUGUCGGCAGCGGCCAAAGCGCGCCAUUCGAGCUACAUCCUGCAGAAGGGCAUCUCCAUGGGCCUGGGCCUGUACGAGCACCAGGUGCACGUGGUCAAAACGGCCGCCGAGCUCCUCUUCGACGGGUACGAGGACGACAUGGUCCUGAUGGCGAAGCAGUUCUACAACGCAGACGAGGUUCCCUUCGAUCGGGUCGGGUGGUUCUAUACGAGAAACAACUCAGCAGAUCUGAUUGGACACUAUAACGUUCACACCGGGGUGGAUGACAUCUUCAAGAUAGGUUCUAUGGCGGAAUGGAAUUACAAACCUCGUACGGAUUUCUUUGCCAACGAGUGUGGUAUGCUGAAUGGAUCAGCUGGGGAGUUUUAUCCGCCAAAUCUGAGCAAAGAUGUGCCCAUUCAACUAUUUACGCCGGACAUGUGCCGCAGUUUGCCACUGGACUUUGAAUCGGAAGAAGAAGUUCACGGAAUCAAGGCUUUUAAAUAUGCCGGAGGUCCACGAACGGUGGACAAUGGAACACAGUUUCCGGAAACGAUUUGCUUCAGUGAGGGUGAAAUCGUUCCAUCUGGGGUGCUGAAUAUAUCUUCCUGUCGGUUCGGUUCUCCUGUUUUCAUGUCGUUCCCGCAUUUCUACGGAGCGGAUGAGUUCUAUCUCAAUCAGGUUGAGGGACUGAAUCCCGAUAAAAGUAAACAUCAGUUCUACAUGACAAUGGAACCGACUACAGGAAUUCCGCUGGAUGUAGCAGCAAGAUUUCAGCUCAACUUAUUAAUUGAGCCGCAACCUAAUGUAGCAUUGUUUUCAAAUGUGAAAAAGGUAUUCCUGCCGGUGUUGUGGUUCGAGCAGCACGUGGUCAUGCAGCCUGAAUUCGCGGGCGAAAUCGGCCAGGCCCUAAGCAUACCGGCCACGGCUCGGGUCAUCGGGAUAGUGCUGCUAGUAAUCGGUACCCUGCUCCUAGCUUGGCUUCCCCUGGAAAGCUACAUUUGGCGACGGCGGCGAGACAUCGUCAACGAUAUCAACGCCGACAAAACGCUGCUGAAGCAAAACCUUGCCAAAACGGCAAUCCUCAUACCGGAAAAGGAGAUGAAAGAAAUUCAUCAUCAUAAUCAUCGGAGUGACAAAGGGAAGAUCGUCGAGGCGCAUCCGCUGAUCGAAAGCAAAUCGGUCCGGCUAGUGGAGGAAAAUGGAACCACCAAGACGUGAGAGUCCUCCUGCAUAGAGGACAGAGCCGAGCAAUUUUCGACAGGUCGAUGGGCUAGAACCACUUCCAUCCUAUAUGUAUGUGUGCUGAAAACCAAAAAGACUUCCUCUUACGAUUUUAAGAGCAACUUUCGUGUCCAGAGCUUUAAAUCGUGAAGGACAAAUCAGUUCUCUGAAUUUAGUUACUAGCAAUUUAGUGCGUUAAGUCUUUGUCCAGAAAAUUGGCGUCCCAUUGCAGCGUUCAAACGACUUAAAGUUGAUCGCAAUUCAGGUUAGCAGAGUAUUCUGGUAUGGGAAAUCGUUAACAGAUUGUUGACGAAAAAGUUCCACAAGAAAUAUUUUGUUAAAAAAUAUAUCCAACUACAUACAUUGUUAAGUUGAAGGUAAAAUUUAAAAAAAAAUCUAUUUCGUUCGCCUUAUUUUUAUCGUGAUAGUCGAUUCAAACUGGCAGCUUAGGAACGCUAUACUUCUGUGAAAUAAAAACUUACUUAUUCGUUGAAAAAUACUUCCAAGGAUCAGACACAAACGAUAGAUUUCAUACUAACUCUCUCAGAUGCUGACAAUACCUAAAUAUAAUAAGAGUUCCACUUUCAAGGAACGAUCAAUGCGAAUCGUUCUUGUAACAAACUUUUUUUUUAAAUAAAUUUUUGUGUCAUAUCAGCAGCGUACGUAAUAAAGUUGUAAAGCAGAAGAAAAAAACAAUUCUAAAAUAAAACAUUCAAGUGAGAGAUCAGUGCCAGUUAAUGCGAAGAAAGACAUUCUUCAGAAUAUUAAAAAAGUUAAAAAAGAAAUAUCUUUGAUUCCAAAGACAAGAUAAAAAUGUAAAGCAAUACUGUGGUAUCUACAAAUUUACUAAGAAGAAAAACGUUUAUCACAUACACUACACAUGCCUUUAUACAUUUGUAAAUCAGAUCGAGAAGAUAUUGCGGUUGCGAUAUAAAAAAAAACUUAGUCCUAAAGAAGAUUUCCAUUAGCGUAUUAGUCAGUCUUACUACAUUAUAAACACACGGUGAACAAAUCAACAUUACAUUAGCAUAGCAGUUUGGGUUUAAGUAUAGAUAAUGUGUGAGGACUUGUUGACUUGUGUUGUGACGAUGGAUGUAACACGGAAGCAUUGUUGAAUUUAUCCAAUUUAUCUGAAUAAAAAUCGAUUCGAACGUAUUAUUUUAAAAUAAA